GCUCCACAGCAAACUGAUUCAUUCAUCCACUGUGCACUCCGGUCCGAUAUAACCAGCGGCCGCUCUUUUCCCUUGUGUUAACGCAGCCCGCCGAAAAGCCCGCGCCGCGCGGACAGACAGGAGGACAAGUUGGAAUUUAUCCCCACCUCCGGCCGUUCCGCGCCGCCACCACGUGAUUCCGAGCCCUAGGACGGCGGCGGCGACGAUGGCGAGCAGGGCCGGCGCCGUGAGCGCGGGGGCGGCGGCGGACACGGGCGGCCCGAGCGCGCGUUUGGCGGCGGCGGGGGCGGGGGAGGAGGAGGCCGGGGCGGGGAAGGUGAAGCUGCUGUGCAGCUACGGGGGCCGGAUCGCGCCGAGGUCGGGGGACGGGGCGCUGCGCUACGUGGGCGGCCAGAUGCGCCUCAUCUCCGUGCCCCGCGCCGCCUCCUUCGCUGACCUCAUGCGCAAGGUCGAGGCCGUCGACGACGCCGCCGGACCCGCCCCCGCCGCCGCCGGCGGGGGGGCGCUCGUCAAGUACCAGCUCCCCGGGGAGGACCUGGACUCGCUCGUCUCGGUGUCCUGCGCCGAGGACUACGACAACAUGCUGGAGGAGUACGAGAAGCUGGCCGCCGCCGCGCCCGACGGCUCCGCCAAGCUCCGGGUCUUCCUCUUCCCGGCCGACUCCGCCUCCGGCUCCGGCUCGCACCCCGCCGCCGUCGACGAGGCCGGGCAGCGCUACAUCGACGCCAUCAACUGCGUCUCCGCGGACGCCGUCCGCCGCAGGGAGAGCGGCUCCUCCGCGCACAACUCCGAGGCCUCCGAGCCCGCCGGCCUCGCCGAAGGUAUGUCGCCGCGGGCCGUGCCGCCCCCUUCCGUCCCGCCUGAAUAUUUGUAUUCGGCUGGGAGCCACACCAACCAUGCUAGCCCCUUUCCGCAGUCGCUAGGAUUUAGUGCUGUCGCAGCGUCAGCUCCGGCAAUGGGCAUUCCUGCGCACAAACCCGUGUUGCUUAGGCCGGAGCCGCAACCGCUGCAGCCUCACCAAGUUGCUUCCUAUGCGCCGCCGCCGCCGCAUCAGCCGGCUCCGGUUGCCUCUUAUGCACAGCAUCAGCAGCCGGCUCAACAAGUUGCCUCUUAUGCGCCGCCACUGCAGCCUCAGGUUGCCUCUUACGCGCCGCCGCAGCAGCUGCCUCAGGUUGCUUCUUAUGCGCCGCCGCCGCAGCUGCCUCAGGUUACUGCUUAUACUUCGCAAAUGCCACAAUCAUACAUAGAGCCUCAACAAAUCCAGUACGUCAAUGCACAGCAAUUUGGUCUGCAUGGUGUAUCUCAAUCCGCUAAUCUGAUGCCUGCGCACAUGAGCCAGUAUGUGCCCAGUACUCUGGGUACGAACUCCAUGGCGACCACGGGUGCCCAAAUUGGUGCUUUGAGGCCUGUUUCUGCAGGUACAGAGCGGGUUUUGGAGAAUCUUCAUUUCUCACGGCCAAUGCAAACUCCAGUUGAUCCGAAUUACAGGGUGCUGCAGCCACUUUCAGAGCUUCCUCCUCUGCCUCAUACGACUUUGCAGGCAAGUGAUGCUCAGAGGUAUGGCGUCCAGACGGUACUCACAAGCACGGCAAGCUCACCAGUGAUAACGAGCUCGAGGGCAUUCCCAGUGGUGGUAAGCUCGGCUACCGUGCCAACAGUGAGGUACGAUGACUGCAUGAUGUGCCAGAAAAUACUGCCGCAUGCCCAUUCGGAUAACAUGAUACAGGAGCAGGGAAAUCCUCGCGCACUGAAUUAUCCUGAUGUUAGUCCAGUGUUUUACAGCCUCCAUCAAGAGGAUGCAACCAAACAACAGGUUCCAGCUGCGGUUCCAGUAACAUCUGCUAAUUACAUAUCAGAACCCAGAGCCGAGAGCACAGCAGGGAUGACCCAGUUUGAUCCAAAACUUUCUGCCAGAAAUCCAGCAGUUCAAGCAGCACCAUCUCAAGAUGCAGGAACGUUGGUUCAACCCACCAUGGUUACUGUACCUCUUUCCAGUAUACCUACUUCAAAUGGAGUUUUUGUAGGGCAACCUCCACACACGCUUGCUGAAGAUUUUCUCAUGUACCAACGUCAGCAGCAACACCCUUACAGUAUGCAAACAACUCAAGUCCUGGCAAAUGGAGUCAGCAGCAAUCCACAAGGGAUUGAUGCUAGUGCAUUUAAGAAUUCAAAUCAUCCAGUAGCAGAACCAAUUGGAGAAUAUGCUCAUGAUGUUCCUCAUGAUUAUGUCAGAGCUAUCGAUGCUCGGAUGCAAGGAAUUCAGUUAGGUCCUAUUGCUCCUCCAGAAUCUAUUGUGCAAGGGAAGUCAGCUAUUCCCCAUGGUGCUGUUGGCGAUGGGAUAGUUGAGAAGCCACCUGUUAUUAUUGAUGGCAGUCCCAUAUACAAAUCUCAAGCUGGAGGUUAUCACAUGGGCACUAGCAAUGCUUUUCCUGUCCCUUCUUUUAUCCUAGAGGACAAUGUUGUGAGACAUACUGAACAACCACCUCCCUCUCGAAAUGUUGGUGCGAACAACGUCUAUCCUGAGGUUAUCCAGCAGCCAAGUAUGUUACUCAAGAACAACCUUGGUGUGCCCAUUGAACAUCCUGUUCCGAGCGAAAGAUUUCUUGUGAGGCCUGCUUACUCUGGUGUUCAGUCUCCUGCUGGACCUCCUGCACAUCAUCCUGGGGAAAUGCUGAAUGGCAUGGUUUCCGCUCCCUAUAAUGUUAGUAGUCAAGUUGUAUUGCAGGCUGCUGCUAGUACUGAUUGUGUCGAAGCUACACAUGAACCAGCUUACACAGAAUCUCUUUUCUCAAACCAGGAUCCUUGGAAAGCAAUUGGAAAUGCUUCGGCAGUACCUCCAACAUCAAACAUGUUGGCUAAGGAACAUGUUCUUUCUGGAGAUCCAUAUGUGGAUGGCCAUGUUCCUGCAAUUACAAGUUCAAAUGCUGCCAUGCUAUUAGAAGAAGGCAAUCUUCCACUCAUUCAUGACCCUACUUUCAAGGAUAUAUACCCAGAACCUGCUCAAAUAAGCAAAGGAUAUGGAGAAGAAAUUGUCAAACGUCAAUUACAAGCUGUCGCUGAAGGUGUGGCAGCAUCUGUUCUGCAGUCACCAUUUCCUGAAAAACCAACUGAAUUUUCUGGGGAUCACAAAGAUUUGCCUGGAGAUGUAAUUGAUCCAAAAAAUGAGGAUGCGCCGAGCAAACAGUCAGACAAAACAAGCCAAGGAGUUCCAGUUCUAGAUGACAUCGAUAACCUUCAGAUAAUAAAGAACAGUGAUCUUGAAGAAUUGCGUGAACUAGGUUCUGGAACCUUUGGUACCGUUUACCAUGGAAAAUGGAGAGGUUCUGAUGUCGCUAUAAAAAGGAUAAGCGAUCGAUGUUUUGUUGGGAAGCCUUCUGAGGAACAGCGCAUGAAAACCGAUUUCUGGAAUGAAGCUUGCAAGCUUUCAUCGUUGCACCAUCCAAAUGUCGUUGCUUUUUACGGUGUUGUUCUGGAUGGACCAGGUGGAUCUGUUGCAACAGUCACUGAGUACAUGGCUAAUGGUUCGCUUCGACAAGCAUUACAAAGACAUGAAAACAGGAUAUUCGACAGGCGUAGGCGCCUGCUAAUUGUGAUGGAUGUUGCAUUUGGUAUGGAAUAUUUGCACGGGAAGAACAUUGUGCACUUCGACUUGAAGAGUGAUAAUCUGCUCGUCAACCUAAGAGAUCCCCAACGCCCUAUAUGCAAGGUCGGUGAUUUGGGCUUAUCAAAGGUUAAAUGCCAGACACUAAUCUCCGGUGGGGUGCGAGGGACACUUCCCUGGAUGGCUCCUGAGCUGUUAAAUGGCAGCAGUAACCUUGUUUCUGAAAAGGUCGACGUCUUCUCAUUCGGAAUCGUGAUGUGGGAGCUGCUUACCGGUGAAGAGCCUUAUGCUGACCUGCAUUAUGGCGCCAUCAUAGGUGGGAUCGUGAACAACACCCUACGGCCGCUGGUGCCCGAGUCGUGCGACCCCCAGUGGAGAUCGCUGAUGGAGCAGUGCUGGUCAGCCGAGCCGAUGGAGCGGCCGAGCUUCACGGAGGUCGUCAAGAGGCUACGGGCUAUGGCGACCUCCCCCACCAAGACGCUGCCGCAGAAGUAGACUGCCCUUAGCUCCGUACAUGAGCAAGGGAAAAUAUAGAGAAGGACGCGGCGACGCUGCUCACAAUAGGAUAGAGCUGGUGGGGGUUUGCCUGACACUUCAUGUGGUGCUUUUAGACACUGAUGAUGAUGAUGAUGAUGAUGAAAUGUAAGAGCAUGUACAGGGAGCUGCCGCGGCAACGGUUGGUGAAUGUGUUAUGUACCGGCUCCUGGGUGCUCCGGGACUUGUUUCCUGCGUGUGGUCGAUGUGCAGAAGCCUGCUGGAACAAAUGCAGAAUGCAGUCUGUGGCCUGCGUUCUCUUGCUAGCUCGGAUGCGUGAGCUUGCCUGUGA